AUGGUCAGUGGAACAGCAGACACAAAGACGGUUUUCACAGAGGAGUUGGAGCAGCUUGACGACCACAAUCAGAGGAGUUGGAGGAGCUUGAAGACCACCUUGAAACGCCAGCCUGCCAGUAUGCUCUUGUUUCCUUUGUCCCCAGGCUGGUACUGGGGCAGCUUGACCGCCACCGAAGCGAAGGCGGUCUUGCAGGACGCCCCUGAGGGGGCCUUCCUGGUGCGGGACAGCUCCCAGCGGGACUUCCUGUUCACCAUCUCGGCCAUGACGGCGGCCGGCGCCACCAACCUGCGGAUCGAGUACCGGCACGGCACCUUCACGCUGGACUCGGUGGUCCUGGUGAAGCCCAGACUGAAGCGGUUCAGCAGCGUGGUGCGCCUGGUGGAGCACUACGUGCAGCUGUCCCGCGCCAGCAACAACGCCGUGGCCGUGGCGUCGGCAUCGAACUCCCAGCCCAACGGCACGGUGCAGCUGCUGCUCACCCGGCCGGUGUACAGGGCGCCGCCGGCGCUGCAGCACCUGUGCCGCGUCGCCAUCAACCGGCGGACACGGCGCGUGCAGGAGCUGCCGCUGCCCCCCAGGCUGAAGGACUACCUGACGGACUACGUCUACCACGUGUAGACCGGUGCCCCUUUGGACCAAUCCCAUCAUGCACUGCUCCA